CGUUGAUGUAGAGAACAUGUUGUUCCUUAAAUGAAUUCUCUGUUCACAUCAAUGCGUAAUCAAUAACGCAAAUUGCGAAGAAAGCGUUGCCGCAAGGUAAGACGCAAAUGUCAACCAGAGUAUUUCGGACUGUGAUGUAAUCGGCUUAUUUCUGAUCGACCGUCGUGCGUCGAGCGACGCUAUUAUAAGCGCACAUAGUAAAAUGCAUUUAAAUUUACCGCCUGUCGAUGCGAACAAUUGGUCAUUGAUGAUGAUUUAUCUGGAUAGCCUCUAAUUAUCUAUCCAUGUUCCAAAUCAAAGCACGUCAUCAUUACUUUUCUUCUAAAGACGUUGAGCAGACGUUGGACGAGAGUUCGUGAAACUUCUACGAAGGCGGAUGUGUUUAAUCAACAUUCGCCAGCAGCGAAAAUUUUAUUCGCGGAAAAUUACACGAGUGAUUACCAUCAUGCAAUUACGAAUUGCAUCGAUCAGCAAUCUCAGCUCAGUCGAAAGGAUGCGAUAUUAACGGGAACACCGAUAGAAAUUCAUACGUCGUGGCGAGCCGCUAUUAAUAAGCGCAGCAAGCCCAAUCAGUCAUGAUCCAAUUAUUACUGAGAGGUGCUGAUUGGUCGUCCCCGAUGUGGCAAUCGCAACGAAAAGUACAAAAGAUACCACCUAAGCAUCGGCCCAAUUUUUGCCGACGGUCCUGUCGCAAGAGAGUGACACCAGCAUUCAGCCGGCGACUCGUUAAUUGCAGACUCGCUUGAUUCCCGGAGGAAGCGAAGCCCAUCAGAAGGGAUUCUUCGCCACCCAAAUCUCCGAGCUUUUCCUGCUCGAUCCCGAAAAUAAAUCAAACGCCCUUACGAUCGACCAAAGCUCUCGUCAAAGAUCAUGGCGGGUUACAUGCCACCGAUCCACAUGCCCCUGGAGCCCAAGUGGCGACAUUACCCGACGUACAUCUACGGCAGAAACUACAGCUACGGCAUGAAUUACUAUCAGCCAAUGAUCGAUUACAUGGACGCCAAGAGACAGGAACCUAGAUCGAGUAAGCCGGAGCUCGGGAGGAGACGGAUCGAACUACCCGAGCUACCCUGGUCCGACAGUAGGGCCUUGUGGCAGGACAAGAGGGUGGAGCCCUACACGAGGGACGAUCUCAUCAGACACGCGAUCGAUGCCGAGGACGAGGCCAGGGAUCACCUGUCGCGGUUCAAGAUAGCGAAUCGCUCGGACUUCAGCCUGGCCAAGACCGUGCACGCCAGCCGCGUGACAAAGGAGAUCUUACCGCGCACGGGAGUGGACCUGAAGAGACUACCAAUGCCGUUGAUGUUCGCCACUCGCCGCGCCCGCAGCGAGGCCAAAGAGAUCCAGCAUGAGGCGACGAGCGAGAUCAAGCUGCAAGCGCUGAAGGAUGUCCAGAUGAUGAACCAGGUGCACGACGCGCUGGAGCACGGCAAGAGCCUGCGCGGCAAGUCCGCGAGGGCGAUCGAGUUCCAGCUGAGGGCGGAGGCCUUGAAGAACCUGUCCAAGAGUGAAGAACUGGCGGACAUCCGGCAGUUCCAGAGGGAGACUGUGCACUCCUUCUGGGACGACCGGGCGCACGGCAGGCUGAUGCAGGAGAGAACCAAGGCCCUGAUCGACGAGGACAAGCUGACGCGACCGCUCGACUCGCUCAGUCGGGAGCUGCGCGGAUUCGAGGAGAAGUCCAGCAAUUAUUUCCUGGACAAGAGGUACCGAGAUCGCGCGAGGCGGCAGCUUUUGAACGGAUGCCGAGGAUGCGAGUAUUAUAAUGUUAAUAAGCGCGGUAGAUAGGUAAGAAUUGCGAGUAUGCCAAGAGAGUUGUUAGUAGCGCGAGAGAGUGAGACGACGCCUCGUAGCGCCUCAGCUGGGUAGGGGUGUGCGUUCAGAAUCGAAAUAAACGGUCCCGAUUAUCGGCAUUUGACCUUGUGUGUUUGGCGAGAACAGCGGCAUUUUCCUCUUGUCGUGGAAUCCCUAUUCCCCGUGAAGUUACACGCUUGAAUCACCAGUACCUUGCUUCCGAUCCCUGCCCAGCCUCAAUAUCUAUCUGAUACUCUUCUGAUCUUGAUCUCGAGCGAUUAGCUUUCGGUGAAACAGGUAAUCGAGAAUUAGAUCCCAGGAUGGACGAGCUAAAUUGCUAAAGAAUUAUGACGGCAACUAGGAGAAAAUUUGAGAGAAAGUCCGGAGCCGCUUAGAUAAUCGGUGUGACAGCCGAGAACACUUCUAACCAUUACCCACGGUUGCAUUUUCACGAGAGAGGGUGACUGACUUGUCGAAUGAAAUU